AAAUUCCCUCCUUUUUCCACCUGGCUGCCUAUAUACACCACAUAUACUAUUUUAAUUCACCCAAACCCAUUCUCAUCGAUCCUCCCUCCUCCACCCACCAGAAAACAACCAUGUCUGUAGAUCUAGACCUCCGGCAAGUUUCGCCGGGAACUCAAGAAUUGCGGCGAGUCUUGUCGGAAUCUCCAAAAUUCAGGCAAAUCUCGCCGGGAACUCAAGAAUCCCGGUCAGGAUCACCGGUAACCAAAGAAAUCGGCCAAGUCUCGCCGAUCAACCCAGAAUCCGAUCAAGAAAACAGAGAUCCCAGAGUAAACAUCCAUUUUUCAGCAACGAUUCGGCCGGAAGAUCGCAGGUGCAACAGUAAAAUCGGUGAUCAUCAAGAAGAAAAAGCCUGUUUGACGCCGAAUUCUCCCCGGAGUUUGAUCCCGAAAACGGGCAAUUGCCCGCCGGCGCCGAAGAAGCCGGUGAUCAGGGCGGCGCCUUCUUGCAAAAGAAAGCUCAUUUUUUUCGAGAUCGGCCGGAAAGAAGAAAUUCAAUCUUUUUUCCGGCUUGUUCAUCACCAUCACCGUCCCAAUCCUGAUUCUCCCAGCAAGAGAAGCCGUAAAUUAGAGAACUGAAAAUAAAAACAUCAAAUUUCCAAUUCCCAGUUUUCCACUAUUAGUAUUUCUUCCUUUUUAUCUGGCUCUGUUUUGAAUAUAGGGAGUGUAAUAUCAUCAUAAUCAUGUAUGUAAGGGUGUAUUUAUUUUAAUUUUUAUUACAACUUUCAAUAAAUAUAUG